AUGGCGGGAAUCGCAACAAGCUGCCAUAACUUGCGCCCACGGAGAUUUGCGCCGCUCGAUUCUACCAAGUCAUCUGAUGCGCCGCUGCUGAAGGGGAUCGUAUUUGACGUGGAUGGGACAUUAUGCCUGCCGCAACACCACAUGUUCACAGAGAUGAGAGAUGCGCUAGGAAUUGAUCGCUCAACCGACAUUCUCGAUCACAUUCGCGAUCUACCCACCAAAGAAGAUCGUGCUGCGGCAGUCGAAAAAGUUCAAGCUGUUGAGCGACGCGCCAUGGCGGAUCAAGAGCCCCAACCUGGCCUUGUAAAGCUAAUGGACUAUCUACAAUCACGAGGAUUAAAGCGGGCACUUUGCACGCGGAACUAUGAGACUCCUGUAAACAAUUUGCUCAAGAACUGGCUUCCAGACCACACAUUCUUGCCUGUCGUUACGCGGGAUACACCGAAUGUGACUCCAAAGCCUGAUCCAGCGGGGAUCUUACACAUUGCGCAGGACUGGGGCCUGACGAACCGAGCGGAGAAUCUAAUUAUGGUCGGUGAUAGUAUCGAUGAUAUGACUUCGGGGCAUAGAGCUGGUGCAGCGACAGUUCUUCUCUUGAAUGAGCGGAAUACUAAUUUAGAAACACAUCCUCAUACCGACCUUUGCAUUCAUCAGCUGGAUGAGCUAGUUGAUAUUCUUGAAAAGGGAUUUCUUGGAGAGCGAUGCGAUGAGCAGCAUGCGGAGUGA